UAGAAAAAAAUUAACCGAUAUAUAAUUCUAGAUAAAUAUCAAAUAUAGUCUCUUUUUUGCAAUACAUAAUUAUGAAUUCUUACGUUUUACUAUGGCGGCUGAGCUGCCAUCACAAUUUAGUGUUAAAACCUCUUCUUAAACCCAGAAGAAACCCCCUUGAGGCAAAGUUCGAAGAUAAGGAAUACAGAGAUUAAGAGACUCAGAGAAGCAGAGGUAGGUAUGGCUUCGUGGUGUCAAGCUCUUGUUCCUUUGACACUUGACUCGUGCUCUCUCUUCUCUUCUUCCACCUCUCGUCCCCUUCCUUUUUUCCAUUAUACUUCUUCCACUAACACUGGACUGGUCGUGGGCUCGGGUUUCUCUGCACCCAGUUACUCAACUAGUAUCAAAUUGACAGAGUCUUACUUAUACCCUUCAAUCAGCAAGAAAAAGGGAACAACAGACAUUUGCAGAGCUGCCGAGUACAAAUUUCCGGACCCAAUUCCCGAAUUUGCUGUUGCAGAGACAGAGAAAUUUAGGACGCAUCUCCAUAAGAAGCUCUCAAAGAAGGACAUUUAUGGAGAUUCACUUGAAGAGGUGGUCGGAAUCUGCACUGAGAUUCUCGGUAACUUCUUGCACAAAGAGUAUGGCGGUCCUGGAACUCUCUUAGUCAUACCUUUCAUUGACAUGGCUGAUACUAUAAAUGAGCGAGGUUUGCCUGGAGGACCACAAGCUGCACGUGCAGCAGUCAAAUGGGCCCAAGAUCAUGUUGACAAGGACUGGAAAGAGUGGACUGGUGGUGAUAGUAAUUGACAGAACAACUCCCUAAUCAUCAAUUUGGCGGGAGAUUCUGUUUAACUGUUGUACUGUCAGCUGAAGAAGAACAUCGAACAGUUAUGAUUCUAUUUGUGCAUCUCUGAAAGGAAGUGAUUAUUGAAAGAAAACUGAAAUUUGAGAAUUUUUUGUGGAGUGAGGGGAGAAUAUGUAUAUCUGUACUAUCAUGGGAUUGUAUAAUGUCAUCACAUUUGAUAGGGCCUUUGAUUGGAAUUUAGAAGCAGCAAGGUUAAGCUGUUCAAAUUUUGCUGGAAA